CUCCGAAGAGAGAGAGAGAGAGAGAGAUCGGACCUGGGAGGCCAUUCGCAUCGUCCUUUUUCGUCUUUCAUCUUGAUCUCCUCUUGGCCAUGCAAUGGACCAUGACGAAGACGAAGAAGAAGACGGCGACGAGGACGAUGGCGAUGGCGAUGGCGAUGGCGAUGGUGAUGUUAACGGUGACGGGCAUGCAGGCAGCGGGCAUGAUGCCCGGCGUGACGGCCCCGACAACUCACUCCGAUCUUGUGAAUGCGGUGACGUCAAAAUGUUCCAUAGUGCUGACAUCGGACGUGGUCCUGACUUCGAAUCUUUCCGACGUCAACACGACGGCUUGUCCGGAGUUGAAGAUAGUGGGGAACUGCAGUUCGCGGCGCAACUUGAAGUGCAAGAUCGAUGGGGCUGGCCGGUAUAGCUUCCUUCGAUGUCCAAGGACCGUCCAUUUGGAGAAUCUGCACAUAACGCGAAUGGCGUCCAGGGGGACGGAUAGUGCUCCUGUGGUGUUGAGGCCAGUCACACUUGUGAUGAAGAAGUGCUUGGUCACACGCAAUGCCAAUAGAGACGGCACAGGAGCUAUCAUCCUCUGGGAAGGCGAUGGCACGCUGCAAGAUUCUAUCUUUGACGGGAACAGUGGAAGUAAUGGAGGUGCUCUCCUCCUAGACUCAUUCUCCCAGCUCGCUGCAGUUGAUGUCCUCUUUCGACGCAACACAGGAGUUGCAGGGGGGGCCAUCAAGAACGUGGAGAGCGAGCUGCAGUGCGAUCGCUGCUUGUUCCUUCGCAAUCAAGCUGAGGAUGGUGGCGCCGUCUACCUGACUGACAGCGAUGGGACUCAUGCGACAUUCACGAGGACGGAGUUUCGGAGCAACCGAGCUGCGAGGAGAGGUGGUCGGGGCGGCGCCGUCUUCAUCGAGGAGGUAGAUCCCGGUGUGCGAUUCUGCUUCUGCACGUUCGCGAAGAACACUGUAGCCAUGGCCUACGGACGACGGGUUGCCGAGCACGUGUACGUCCGGAUGGAUCUGGAUCUCGAUGCGAAUGUCACAUUCUGCCCCGAUCGCCCGCAGACCGGCAUCACCAUUUGCCCCGGGAGCGAAUCGAAAGUCAAGGAUGAUUGCACGGGCUGUUGAAAGAUGUCAUCGGCAAGCUUGUCGCCUAUGAACUGCAUGUGCCAGACAAUGCAGACAUGAACUAAAUGAGAAGAAGGACCGUUCGUGGAGUCGUGGACCACAUUGGACCAGUGAUUGUCCGCACCUGUGCACCCCAAGGCAUUGACUUUCAUUGUUUUGCUUGCUACACUCGGAGAACCGGAGGUUCCAGCAUAUAGCCAGAUUUUCUCUUUUCUUUGAUGCUGUAACUGCAGUUCAAAGAAAAUAGUAAAAUACCCCUUUGUCG